AUGGAUGUCCAACUCUAUGUUUAUGACUUGUCACAGGGCAUGGCCAGACAGUUUUCUCAGGCUCUGACCGGCAUUCAAAUCGAUGCAAUUUACCAUACUGCAAUUGUCUUCAACAGCGUGGAGUAUUUCUUUGGCCAGGGGGUUCAUCGCAAAAUCCCUGGCUCAACCCAUCAUGGUCGGCCCAUGUCAGUCGUCGAUUUAGGCAAGACGGAAUUGCCGGUCGACGUGGUGGAGGAGUAUGUCGAGUCUCUCGAGCAAGUCUACACUCCCGAAUCCUACGAUCUUUUUUUGCACAAUUGCAACAAUUUCACCCAAGACCUUGCCAUGUUUCUGGUCGGGAAAAGCAUUCCUGAAGAGAUCACCAGUCUGCCAGAAACAUUCCUGAGUACCCCAAUCGGCCAAAUGCUGCGUACACAACUUGACCAAUCCAUGAGGACUAUGACUCAAGCACCUGAUGCCAUGUCGGGGAGAAAUGCCAAUGGGCAGCGGAGCCAUGUCUCUACCUCAACCUCAGCCUCGUCCCUAUCCCCACCAAAGCCCGCCCCUAACGCGAUCGCUUCUAAACGAACAAACAGCACCAACUCAAAUAAAGGUGCAGAGCCAAAAUUCAUCAAUCAUCAGCUUGCCAUUGUUUCGUCCCCAGGUCAUGUAUACAACACCACCACAGCCUCUGAAGUCGAUUCUCUUCUGUCUACCGCCCGGGACUCAUGUGCAGUCAUCUUCUUCACCUCCGCCACAUGUCCACCCUGCAAGAUUGCCUAUCCAACCUACGACGAGCUUGCCUCCGAAGCUGGUCAUCUCCCCACUGCACGCCUGAUCAAAAUUGACAUAUCUGCUUCACACUCUGCCCAGUCUGUCGCCCAGCGCUACCUUAUCCGAGCCACCCCUACUUUCAUCACAUUUCUCAAGGGCCAAAAACAAGACGAGUGGUCUGGUGCCAAUCCUGCGCAGCUUCGAGGAAAUGUCCGUUUAUUGUUUCAGAUGGCACAGCCACCUCAGCACCCUCACGCAAACCUGAAGUUACCAACCUUCCAACGAUACAUUGAACGGCCGACACUCUACUCCCGCACUCCUCCACUCGACAAACUUCUGACCAAGGUUGGAGAUCAAUUCUCAUCGCAUCCUUCUGUCCAGGAUCUAAUCUCAUACAUCAAGUCCCGAGAGGCAAAGGGGAUGCAAGACGCACCGCUCCCGGAUCUGCACAACUUCAGCGCCCAUCUCAGUUCAACAUUCCCCUCUCUUCCACCGGACUCGCAUUUUGCCGUGAUCGAUCUCGUUCGUACCGCAGCUGUCGACCCGCGCGUGUCGAGCUUCUUGACCACCGAGCCAUCUCACAAUACCCUCACCACCGUAUUUCCCAAAUUCGAGUCCGGUGUAAAUUUCACGGAUGCCAAGUACAACGUCCAAUCCGUCACUCUUCAACUCGCGUGCAACCUUUUCAGCUCGACAAUCUUUCAAGAGCAGCUCUUCCGCCAUAGUGAAGAGCAGUCAACCUCGAAUCUGCGAGGGACCAUAGAAACUUUAGCAGCACAGGGCCUCCUCUCACCUCAUGCGAAUUCGAGGUCCAUGGCUGCUGCUCUCAUUUAUAACAUUGGUGCGUACAAUCACAACGAGCGGAUUCACGGUGCGAUUUCCGUCGGCUCCGAGAAAGAAGAUGGCACAAACAAUCUCGGAGUCAGCGACGAUCUGACGGCUGCGCUCCUUGAGUCCAUAACUUCGCUUUCAGAGAUAGCCUCUCACCCAGCCUCGCCAUCAUCCUCCAACGUCCAGGAAACACUGCACGCUCUGCUCCUGGCCCUCGGUAUGCUUCUCUACGGCGCCCCGGCUGACGAGAUGCUCUGGGACCUAUGUCGGGCGAUGGAUGUGCGGGAGGCGUUGAAGACUUUGGCAAAGGAUUCGCAAUGGAAAGCCGAGCCCCUGCUCCGAGAGGUUGGGGAAGAGUUAUUGGGCAAGGGCGGCUUUUGA